AUGCCCAUCAUCGACAAAGACGUGCCCAAGGCCAUCUCGAUCCCCUCGGCCACGCUGCGCAAGUUCACGGGAUCGCGAGUAGACCCAUACACCCGCUACGUGGCGUAUCGGCUCUUCAGGGACCUGAACAUCUCCGUCCAGGGCCAGAGGAACAUCAACAAUGCGCUCAGCAAUCUCCCCGUCCACGUGUCCAUCGCGCCGUUUGAAAAACUGUCCUUUGGCUGGGGAUUGUCAAAUGUCAUCCGCGACCAGGCUGUCCACGAGGGGUCCUAUGAGCAUCUGGCCAUGAUGAUUGCACUUGGGGAAAGCUUUCAUGAGCCCUAUGGAGCUAGAGUCCUCAUGGCCAUGGCCAAUGCAGCAGCUGGUCCUGAUGACAUGACGCCGCAUUUCAGUCAGUGGCAGGCCGCUCUUCACGGCUGCAACGGCAUAUUCGCUACGUCGGACUUUGGACUGCUGGUCGAGGACUAUCUUCAAAUCGACCCUUAUCCCAUCGUCUACCCGAUAGCGGAGGGCAAGAGCAUCGACAACGUCUUCCAACCGAGCAUGAUCGCCCAGGCGCUGCAGGCCCUGAUGCGCGUCACAAAAGGGGAAGAAAAGCAUGUCACGCUCAUAGGCAGCGGUAUCUUAUCGUGGUUCGCAGCAAUCGCCGAGUGGCUGUGCGACCUGCGCAUCAUCGUCUAUCAGAAGGACGGGAAAGAACUCCGCGUUACGCACCCAGACCAGGAGCCCCAGCUUACGCUGGUCUUUGUGCCGGAAGCGGGCAUCAAAGCAUCAUUUGAGGCAUGGAAGCCCACGGGACCAGCCGUCGAAGAAUUGUCGCUGAUCGAUCGGACAUACUCUGCCACUCUCCAUACCUCACGGUUUGGAGGUCGGGUCGCGUGGCAGUCACUGCUUCCCCGAGUAUUUGGCAAGAGUUUCCACCACCUCGACCACGACCAAUCCAAAGCCUUUGGGACAAUGAUCGGCAGCGCAGCGCGGAUGUUUGAAGGUCUGGCGCACGGCAAGGGACACGAGGAGCACGGGCAAUUGGUGUCGGUCCAAAACCAGAACAAUACCGCGUCGUACGGCACCGGUCUCAUUGAAACCAUCACAAACUGGAUGCCCGAACUGCGGAGGUUUCAGGGUCGCAUGGAGCGCACGUUGAAGCUGUCUCACGAGGAUGCCUCAGCCUCGUACGUGGAGAACCUGACCAAGAUCAGGAAGGCCUGCCACUGCGGCAUUUGCACGUCCAAGGACGAGGUAGAAAAGGACAAGGAAGGCCUUCCCCCGGACCACGGGUACUGCCUGGCAGUUUUGGUUGAGACGGUGAUUUCGCUGGGUCUGACCCUUGCCCGAAUGGCGGUGUCGGCCAACCUGUUUCCCACCAGGCACGGCAUCUACAGCUUCUACCAAAGUCAGGUGGCCAGGCGAAUGGAGGCUCGGGGCUUGCACUGGACGAUGCAUUUCAAACUCGUCUAUGGCAACGUGUGGAACGCCCCUGAUGUCGUGCGACUGCAGAAUUCGGUGCAAAUAUUCGCCGGGUCGAGGCCCGAGAAGAACCUGCCCGAGAACCUGGUCGCACUGUCACAUGAGGGAUGUUGCGCAUAUUUCAUGGAUUUGGAAAAGAGAAUGAAGUCGACGUCGGAUUGCCCCCAGGUCAGGUUGAUCCGGGUGGUGUCUGGGGGAAUCAACGUGGGCGAGAAGGUGUUCGACAGGGCGUGUAUGGGUCCUGUGGAGGACGCUGACCUAGACGAUCCAUGGGAGGACAUCACAUAUGAGCAUCUGCCCGAGCCUCUGUCCUUCAAAUGA